AUGCGGCGGGGGAGGUGGCUCAUCUCGUGGCUGGGGACCGGAAUGGCACUCCUCUCUCUGCUCUGCCACAGCUGGGGCCAGGAGCCGAACGGCGACUGGAUGUACGAUGAAUGCACGCUGGAUCGGGGAGGCAAUCCUGCAACUUUGGUGAGCAUCAACGAGGAAAGCCCCAACGGUACUGUUCUGGUGGAUAACCUGAUGAUCAAAGGGCGGGCCGAGGACCCUGGGCGGACCAUCGAGCUGACGCUACUGGACAACUACGACUACUGGUUCCUCCUGGACGCAGCGCGGCAGAGGCUGUACCUCAACAGCACCGGCCGUGUCCUGGACAGAGAUCCCCCAGUCUCCAUCACUACCCUCGUGGUGAUGGUGGAGUGCCGGAACUUGAUCAUUGGUAACACCAUCAAGCACGAAGUACGCGUCAUUCUGCGGGACAUCAACGAUAACGGGCCUAUAUUCCGCCACCCCAGCUACUAUGUAGCUGUCAAUGAGCUCACACCAGUUGGAUUAACGAUAUUCACGGGCUUCGCGGGACAGAAUGGUGCAGUGGACAUUGACGAUGGACCUAAUGGACAAGUGGAAUACAGUGUGCUUUACAAUCCCAAUGACACGGAUUCCAAUGACACGGUACGAGUUUCCAACACACUCUCAGGAAACAUCGUUUUGAAUCGAAGACUGAACUAUGAAGAUAAAACUCGAUAUCUGGUUCUAAUACAAGCUAAUGACCGCGCAGGCUACCCCCCCAACAGGAAGACCGCGACCACCACCCUGACUGUUGACGUCCUGGAUGGAGAUGACCUGGGCCCCAUGUUUUUACCGUGUAACCGUGUCAACAACACCCAGGACUGCACUCCGCUGACCUACCGAGUGGCCAUCCCCGAGUUCACUGAUCCGAAAAAGCUGAAUCCUCUCAAUGUGACCCCGGAAAUCCGAGCGGUGGACAAGGACCAAAACAUCCAGCCCCCAUCGGACAGGCCGCGCAUCCUCUACUCCAUCCUGGUCGGCCAGCCCAACACAUAUGCACAGUACUUCUCCCUGAACAGGACCACUGCAGAGCUGAGGGUGCUACAGCCAAUCAGCAGAGACCUGUACCAGCGCUUCACACUGGUCAUUAAGGCUGAGCAGGACAACGGCCACCCUCUGCCCGCGUUCGCCGACCUCAUUAUCGAGAUCCUUGACGAGAACAAUCAGGCUCCGUACUUCCAGUUUGCCACAUACCAGGGCUUCGUCAGCGAGUCGGCUGCGGUGGGAACAACUAUCUUCGCCAGCGCCAACCUCACCGACCCCCUGGGAAUCAUCGCGCUGGAUAAUGACAUUGAAGAGACCAAAGACCCCAGGGUGACGAUAACACUGAACGACUACACGGCCGUCUUCAGCCUGACCCCAUCUGGAUUAGUGCGCUACCUGAGGCUGCUCAAGCCGGUGGACAGGGAGACCCAGCAGACAUACACUUUCACGAUGGUGGCUUCAGACGGAGUCCAGCAGAGCGCUCCCGUCACUGUCAACAUCCUGGUCAUCGAUGCCAACGACAACACCCCCACAUUCAGCCAGGUCUCCUACAGCGUGGAGGUGUUCACCGACAUGCAGCCCGGAGAGACCGUCAUUCAGUUGACUGCGAGGGAUGCGGACGAGGGUCUGAAUGGACUGGUGACCUACGAGAUCGUGUUGGGGGCUCAGGGUGACUUUGUCAUCAGUAACCGCACAGGUCGUAUCACCAUCGCCCCUGGGGUCAGCCUGGUCGUGGGGAGGGCCUACACCCUCACUGUGAGGGCAUCGGACAGCGCUCCAGAGGCUCAGAGGAAGAGCUCCAUCACCACCGUGUACAUCGAGGUGCUGCCCCCGAACAACCAAAGCCCACCGCGCUUCCCCCUGGCCAGCUACAGUCUGGAGGUCAGCGAGGCCAUGAGGAUAGGGGCCAUUCUGCUCAAUCUGCAGGCCACAGACAGGGAGAAUGACCCCAUCACGUACACCAUCGUGAGAGGGGAUCCCCAGCAAAUCUUCAACCUCACACGAACGAUUGGCCUUCUUCUUUUGGGUAAACCUUUGGACCGCGAGACGACUGACCAGUACCGCCUGAUCGUCACCGCUUCAGACGGCAACCCAGGAGGAACCUCCACUACAACUGUGGACAUCGUGGUCACCGACGUCAACGACAACGACCCCCAGUUUAAUGUAACCACACCCGCAAACUUCACCGUCAGAGAGGAGGAGGCCAAUCUUUUUGUGGGACAAGUCACGGCCACUGACCCCGACGCCGGAGCAAACGGCCAAGUGCGUUACCGUAUCGUCAACCACCCGGACCUGUUCACCAUCAGCGCCAACGGUACCAUCUAUACCCGCGUGCCUCUGGACCGGGAGCGGCAGAGUCAGUACAGCCUGGUGGUGGAGGCGUCUGACGGGGCAGAGGUACCGCGACGCACCGCCCUCACCGUCACCAUCCUGGUCAGCGACAUCGACGACAACAGCCCCGCCUUCUCCCAGCUCAACUAUGUGGUCAACGUACCCGAGAACAGCCCCGUGGGGACCAUCAUUCUCAAUCUGACGGCGGUGGACGCAGACCUCUUCUCCAAUGUCACGUACCGCAUCAAGACGGAGUCGGCUAAGCAGCUGUUCUCUCUCAACCCCAUCACCGGGGAGCUGGCUGUGCUGCAGACCGUGGACUUUGAAAACCUGGCUGCUAUGGGGAUAGGCGCCUCCUACAGCUUUCAGGUGGAGGCCGUGGACCAGGCCGGGGUCAUGCCUCCCGGAGAGGCCACGGUCACGGUCCGGAUCACGGAUGUGAACGAUUUUUCGCCCAUCUUCAGUCAGGACUUGUACAAAGGGAUGGUGGCUCCCAACGCAGAGAAGGGCACAGUCAUCACCACUGUAUUUGCAGAGGACCAGGAUCCACCUGGCACACCGGCCAGCUUCGUGCGCUACACCGUGGACCACGUGCUGUCUCCGUACAGCGGCAGCAUUUUUGAUGUGGAGGAGCUAACAGGCAGGAUCGUCACCAAAGUCAACCUGAACGAGCAGCCCAGUGUCACCUUCAAGUUGUAUGUGAUCGCCUACGAUGAUGGGGAGCCGGUGAAGACCAAUACGACUUUGGUGGAGAUUACCGUUCUACAGCCGUCCAAAAUUCCAAUUUUUACCCAGGAGGAAUACCUGUUUGGUCCGGUGAGUGAAUUGGCUCCUGUUGGCACAAGCGUGGGAACCAUCCUGGCCGCGGCACUCGACCAAACCAUCUUCUACUCCAUCGUGGAUGGCAACGAACGAGGUGAUUUUAAGGUGAACAACAUGACCGGGGUGAUCUACACAGCCAAACCUCUGGACUACGAAAACGUGACCAGCUACGUUCUCAGGGUCCAAGCCGACUCCAUGAUCGUGGUCAUGUCCAACCUGCGCGUGCCUUCUAAAUCCAACACCGCCAAAGUAUUCAUCGAGGUACGGGAUGAAAAUGACCACGCUCCCGUCUUCUCCAGAAAGCUCUACAUCGGAGGAGUAACGGAGGACACCAAGAUCUUUAGUUCGGUGCUCAAGAUAGUGGCCACAGACGUAGACACGGGGAACUACAGUGCCAAUGCGUACCGCCUCAUCAUCCCUCCCACCGCUGAGGGACAGGACAGCUUUGUCAUCGAGACCUACACCGGAAUCAUCAAAUCGGCCAUGAUGUUCCGCAAUAUGAGGCGCUCCUAUUUCAAGUUUGAAGUCAUCGCUACGGACGACUAUGGGAAGGGCCUCAGCAACAGCGCAGAGGUGGUGGUUUCUGUUGUGAAUGCGUUGGACAUGCAGGUGGUGGUGUCUACAGUGCCCCCUACGCUGGUGGAGGAGAAGAAAGAAGAGCUCAUAAAAAUUCUGGAGCGUCACAUCCAAGACCAAAUCCCCGGUGCCAAAGUGAUUGUGGAGGCCAUCGGUCCCCGUCGCCACGGUGACGGCUAUGAGCUGGAAGACUACAGUAAAUCAGACCUGAUGGUGUACGCCAUUGACCCGCUGACGAACAGAGCCAUCCAGAGACAGGAGCUCUUCAAGUUCUUAGAUGGAAACGUUCUGGAGAUCAACAAGGAGUUCCAGCCGUACUUGGGCGAGGGAGGCCGCAUCCUUGAGAUCCGCUCCCCGGACAUCGUGGCCAGCGUGAAGAAGGCCGCUCAGGCUGUGGGCUACACCGAGGGGGCUCUGCUAGCACUGGCGAUCAUCAUCAUCCUCUGCUGCAUCCCCGCCAUCCUCAUCGUCAUGGUUUCCUACAAACAGUUCAAAGAGCGACAGGCAGAGUGUGCGAAGACAGCCAGGAUUCAGCAGGCUCUUCCUCCAGGGGGGAAAGCAGCCCCGACCCCCACAGCAGCCGCUCCCUCCGCCAACGUGUACGCCGAGCUGGGAGGAGGCAGCAUGCGUGGCAUGGGCAGACCGGAGCUUUCCAUGGAGGCUGGCCAAGACUACUACGGACAAGACUACUAUUAUGACCAGGGAUAUGGCAGCCGGAGGAGGUUGAUACCACCAAUGUACGAUGAAUAUGGAGAGAUGAUAGAAGAUGAAUAUUACUACAGUCCUCAGUCUGGCAGAAGAAAGCGAAUCAAGCUGGUGAUCGAUCGAGAGAAUGAGACGACUUCUACCGGAGAGGAAAGCACUACAGAGACCCAGCAGCCUCCCCUGUCCAAUGUUAACAGCCACAGCAACAUCAACGGCAGCAUCUACCUCGCCCAGAACGGCACCAUUGUCAGAACGCGAAGAAUGCCCCUCCCAAACAAUAUCAAGUCGGGCUCACCCUGCCGCCUGUCAGAGCAUUUUAAAAAACUCGACAAAUUGGGCGUCACUCACGAAGAGCCCUCGUCGCCCGGCUCUGCCACAGACGGGACACUGAACGGCACGGAGAACGGGACGAGUACAUGCAUUUCCGCUAAUGUGGACAUCAAUCUCAACACACACUCCUCCAGCGGCUCCCUGGGAUCCGGCAUCGUAGUUCUCAAAACAUUUGGCUCCAGAACUAAUAUAGCCAAGACCUUGAUUGACAGAAACAACAGCCGCGUCAACAUGGAGCAAGAGACGUGUGUUGACAACCAUAAGGACAGCCGAGAGACGCUGGAGUCCCACAGCGAGCACACACUAUCGGACGAGGACGAGCUGUGGAUGGGGCCAUGGAACAACCUGCACAUACCAAUGACAAAACUCUGACUGGCCAUGCAGAAAAUGUGUUUGUUUUUGGGUUUACUGUCAGUCAUGUAGAGGUGGGUGAUA